AUGCUCAGGACAGCCACCCGAAAUAUCUCCAUCAAGAGCUUGCCGCACGAAUUGCAGCCCAAAAAUAAGUACAAUGCUGUGCGGUCGAAAUUUAACAUGAAGCCCGUCCCAACACAGGGUCUCAUAUACAACCCGCCAGCAUCCAUGCCAACGGUGAAAGAAACCCCGCGUGCUUUUUUGCCCCCCAACGACCCCCGCUUGAAGCUCUUGGCGGAGAAAUUCAAGACAUACACACCCGAAGAGCUCGAGGAGAUGCCUGUGAUCUACGCCACCAAAAAAGACAACAGCUUGACGCCCGAGAUUGUGCAAGAAAUCAUAGCAUUGAGGAGCGAAGAUCCAGAUAAGUGGAGCAUUGCCAAGUUGGCGGCCAAGUUCAGCGUGGACGCCAAGAAAGUCAAUGUCAUCACGGGCUCCAGCAAGGAAAGGCAGCAGAAGGUGCUUGCGCAGCUUGCCGAGCAGCAAAGCCAGUGGACGGGAAAGAAACGACUCGCGAGGGACGACAGGGUCAAGAGAAAGCAGAUGUGGUUGAGGAACGAAUUCUAA